CUGGUUUCACAAGCAAGCGCCACCUUUGGUUUACUCACUCUUCCACAACAGAAUGUUCCUGCUUUCUAGAGUCACCAGAAAGUAACUCUCUGGAACUGGGCAUGUAGUAUUGAGAGUCUGUCAUCACGUGGAAUUUACAAGUACAUACUUGUUGUCAAUGGGGAAAAAGAAAGACAUGAUCCACGACAAGUUUCUUUCGGGAGAUGGGGAUGAAUCCGCUGGACACAGUGCACACAAGAAGAAGCAUAAAAAGCACAAGAAGCAUAAAAAAAAACACCACCAAGAAGAAGGUGGACACAGCUUCCCUUCAGAGGCACUGGAGUCAGAUUCUGGAGUUGUUAAACCUCAGCUAAAGCUAAAGAUCAAACUGGGGGGGCAGACCCUAGGAACUAAAAGUGUUCCAACAUUCACAGUGGUUCCUGAGGUGAACCAGUCUCCAUCCCCAUUAAUGAUAGUGGAUGAUGAAGACGAACCUACAGAAGGGGUCCCCAUUGAGCAGUAUAGGGCCUGGCUUGAUGAAGACAGCAAUCUUGACCCCUUGCCUGAUGUGGACUCUGAGAGUCUCCUGGGAGUCCCAGAAGAUGAGGAGGAGAAGUGGCUGGAUGCUUUGGAAAAAGGGGAGCUAGAUGAUAACGGAGAGUUGAAGAAGGAGAUUGACGAGUCUCUGCUCACUGCAAGACAAAAAGCCCUUUUGCACAAGCAGCAGAGCCAGCCUCUCUUGGAGCUGCCAAUGGGUUACAAGGAGAAGGAAAUGACAGAGGAGAUGAUGCAGAAGAGGGAAGAAAGGGCUCGGAAACGGCGCCUGCAGGCAGCAAAGAAAGCAGAAGAGAACAAAAAUCAAACCAUUGAGAGACUAACCAAAACCAACAAAGCUAAAAUAAAAACAAUGAGGGAGAGAAAGUCCAAACAGUCCCAGUGUCCUAUGGUUAGAUAUAUUGAUUCCUUUAAAGGAACUACCAUAUCUUACCCCUAUGACGUUGCUACACCUACUGUGGCAAAACCAUGCUCUUUACCCACAGCUGUGCCUUGUGGGGUUUCUGGAUGCCUAAAUGUGAAGAAAUACUCUUGUUCAAAGACUGGAAUUCCCCUCUGCAGUCUUGAAUGUUACAAAAAGAAUCUUCUCAUACAAAGUUUUGGCUUAAAAACAAGUUUAUUGUAAUGGACACCCACUGUGCUUCCAGCUGUAUAUUAUUUUGCAAAGUAAACAAGCUGCAGUACUUGUAAUGUUUCACAAGAGAGAGAGAGACAUAACUUUUUUUUUUCUUCAGAAAACACAUACUUGAUACCUACCUAUUGCUGCAGGAUUUGUUCCUUUAACCUCCCAACUGGUGUUCCAAAAGGACAUUUAAUAUUUAUUUUUAGUGAGAUAUUCAAUUAUGUAAUAAUAAACUUGUCAUUAAAAAAAUGUACUUCAGAAUCACUGUAAGAAAGCAACCAAAAUAAAUAAUUGUAUAUUUAUAAGCAUGU